UCAACGCUAAUGUAUGCUUGGCGCAGUUUGCGUUUGGGUAGAAAAAGUAAUCCGACACAGUCACUGUGCUGGGUUGUGCAUCGUUACUAUGUGAAAGGCAAGACAGCUAGCUCAAGCAGAUGGCUGGAACGCCAACAUAAGGAUAGGUAUGUAAGGCUUGCGUCGCAAGACAACUACAGAAGUCGAAGUGCUUACAAACUCAUCCAAAUUGAAGAUAAGUUUUGCUUCUUGAAGAAAAACUCUGUUAUUGUUGAUCUUGGUGCAGCACCCGGAGCGUGGUCGCAAGUUGUAUCUGAGAGAGUCAAUUUGGAUGAUGCAGCAGAGUCAUCCAGAAUCAUUGCUGUGGAUGUGAAAGACAUUAAGCCAAUCCCUGGUGUCACAAUUGUGUCAAAUGCUGAUGUUCUGCAAGCAGAAACGUUAACUAAAACCAUGGCUGCAAUGGCUCCUUUUGUGCAAGCUGAUGUCAUUCUGAGUGACAUGGCACCAUCUGCGUCAGGAAACCAUUCAUUUGAUCAUUACAGGAUCAUGGAGCUUGCAAGGGCUGCAUUGGGCAUCAGUCUGUCUUUGCUGCCGUCUAACGCUGGCGUCUUUUUGUGCAAGAUCCUGGAAGGAAGAGAAAAGAAAGAGUUUACAGCGCAGUUGAAAAGACACUUUGAAGUUGUCAGAGAGUUUCGACCGCCAGCAUGCAGGCAGAACUCGUCGGAGCUCUACGUAAUUGCGUGGAGUCGCUUGAAGGUUUCUAACACCAAUUAAGACUGUUGAAA